GAUACUUUAUAAUUUUUUCAUUAAAACUAAACAAAAAUGGCUAAGAAGAGAGCUUCCAACGGUAGAAAUAAGAAAGGUAGAGGACACGUCAAGCCAGUCAGAUGUUUGAACUGUGCCGCCUGUGUUCCAAAGGACAAGGCUAUCAAGAGAGUCACUAUCAGAAACAUGGUUGAAGCCGCUGCUAUUAGAGACUUGUCUGAAGCUUCUGUUUACCAGGAAUACGCUUUGCCAAAGUUAUACAACAAAUUGCACUACUGUGUCUCUUGUGCUAUUCACGCCAGAAUUGUCAGAGUUAGAUCCAGAACUGACAGAAGAAUCAGAACUCCUCCUCAAAGAAAGAGAUUCAACACUGACAGAAAGGUUAGCCCACAAGAUGCUGCUAAGAAAGUUUAAACUUAAUGAUCUGUAUAGUUUUAUCAUUCGAUAAUAAAUAUUAUUAUAAAACAGCGUAGGAGGAAUAUGAGAAGAGACAUGCCCAGGGAACUUGUGUGCAUUAUGAUGGUCUGGUCUUUACACCUAUACUAUUGGAAGUCCUUGAGGUAUCAUGAUGUUCUGACCCAUACAUCCACAGUACUGGCAUGGGUCUCAUUGCACGGGUGUAACUGACUGUUCCUUCCUAUUUCAUGGUUGUCGAGUUCUCAUGAAAAGUAAAACAAUCACAUUUUCACAAAAUCACCGAAUUGGCCCCAUUUUCACCAAUGGACACUUCUUUGUGCCCUAAGCCAUCACAGGCUUUGAACUAAUCCCAUCGUCCUAGUCUCGUAAAGAUACAAAAAAAAGGCUACCGCCACAGCUCUCCCCAGCGCACCGCCACCUCUC